AUGACGUUAAUUACCAACGGUGGGUUCCCGCCCGCAAGUGGGCUAUACGACCCCGCAAAUGAAAAAGACGCCUGUGGCGUUGGCUUUAUCUGUGACAUCAAAGGUCGUCCAAGCCAUCAGAUUGUGGCGGAUGCCGCCUUCAUGAACUGCUGUAUGGAACACCGCGGUGGUGUCGGCUAUGAAACCAAUACCGGUGACGGCGCUGGCAUCCUUACUGGCUUACCCCACAAAUUGCUCAAACACAUUGCCCGGGAAGAACUUGGCGUUACUCUGCCGGCCACUGGCGACUAUGGUGUCGGCAACGUGUUUCUGCCUGUUGAUGAAGACGAAAGAGCACGCUGCAAAGCUGUUUUUGAAGAACAGAUCGCAGCUGCCGGACAAACCCUCAUAGGAUGGCGUCAACUGCCUGUCGAUCCCGAUAUCGCUGACCUGGGUCGCGCCGCACGUGCCGCUAUGCCUGCGUUUGAGCAGCUGUUUAUCGCGGCUAACGGUGUAUCCGGGGACGAUUUCGAACGUAAGCUUUACCUGAUCCGCAAACACACAACCCACCUGCUGCGCGGCGAUCAGAGCCUGACUCAGCGCAAAAUGAUGUACGUAUGUUCAUUGUCGACCAAGGUCAUUGUUUAUAAAGGCAUGCUGACACCCGCACAGCUGUUCCCUUUUUACCUGGAUCUACAGAACGAAGCUUAUGAAAGCCACCUGGCCAUGGUGCACUCCCGCUUCAGCACCAACACCUUCCCCUCCUGGGAUCGCGCGCAGCCGAAUAGAUUUAUGAGCCACAACGGCGAGAUCAACACGCUGCUGGGCAACGUCAAUUCCAUGAAUGCGCGGGAAGGUGUGGCAAGCUCAGACUUGUUUGGCGACGAUCUGUCCAAACUCUUCCCAAUUGCUGAGCCCGACUGCUCCGACUCAGGCUCAUUUGAUAACGUUCUGGAAUUUCUGCUCAUGUCCGGCCGCAAGCUUCAGGAAGCGGUGCUGAUGAUGAUUCCCGAAGCCUGGCAACAGCAUCAGACCAUGUCUUCGGAUAAAAAGGCGUUCUACGAGUACAACUCCAGCUUCAUGGAGCCCUGGGACGGCCCGGCCUCAAUUGCAUUCACCGACGGUACUUAUAUAGGGGCUGUACUUGAUCGCAACGGCUUACGUCCCUCGCGCUACUACAUCACCGAUGACGACAAAUGCAUCAUGGCCUCAGAAGUGGGCGUAGUACCUGUUGCACCGGAACGAGUUGUUUCCAAAGGCCGCCUGCAACCGGGCAAAAUUUUCCUCAUCGACUUUGAACAGGGUCGCAUGAUCCCUGAUGAAGAAUUAAAAACCGACCUUGCCAAUCGUCGCCCUUAUCAGACCUGGCUGGACGAACAACGUCUGGCUCUGGAAGAAAUUCCGCUGGUGGUCGGCGAAGGUUUAAGCCGCGCCAGCCUGACCCAGCGUAUGCAGGCCUUCGGCUACACCCAGGAAACCAUGCAGUUCAUGCUGCUGCCAAUGAUCAGUGAACUCCGAGAUCCGCUGGGGUCUAUGGGUAACGACGCUGCGCUGGCGGUGAUGUCUGAAAAACCGCGCAUGCUGUACGACUAUUUCAAGCAGCGCUUUGCUCAAGUAACUAACCCCGCCAUCGAUUCGAUCCGCGAAGAAGUCAUCAUGGCUCUUGAGUGUUAUAUCGGACCGGAAAAAAAUCUCCUCGAAACCACGCCAGAGCAUGCGCACCGGUUGCAUGUACCCCAUCCGAUUCUGUCUAACUCAGAACUGGCGUCGCUCAAGCACAUGGAUUAUCGAGGCUGGCGCAGCCGGACCAUCGACAUCACCUACCCGGCGGACUCUGGCGAGGUGGGUCUCAUCGAAGCGUUAGACCGGGUAAAUGCUGAAGCUCAGCUGGCCAUUGAUUCAGGUGACAGCUUAAUCAUCCUGUCUGACCGUGAAAUUAAUCCAUCGAGGGUGCCUAUCGCUUCUCUGCUGGCGGUCGGCAGCGUGCACCAACAUCUGGUAUCGACCCACGCGCGAUCGCGUAUCGGUAUUGUGCUUGAAAGCGGUGAAGCCCGUGAGGUUCACCACCAUUGCCUGCUGGCAGGUUAUGGGGUUGAUGCGAUUAACCCCUACCUUGCUUUCGAAGCGCUCUGGGAUGCCCGUAAUCAGGGGCACUUUGAUAACGUUGACCACGUUCACAACGAUGAAGACGUGGUCGCCGCGUAUAAAAAAGCGGUUGCCAAAGGCAUGCUCAAAGUCAUGGCUAAAAUGGGUAUUUCCACCCUGCAGUCUUAUAAAGGCGCACAAAUCUUCGAAGCCGUCGGCCUGGCGAGUUCCGUUAUUGCCAAAGCUUUCUCGGGCACAGCCAGCCGCGUUGAGGGUGUCGGCUUCGACGUCCUCAGCGAGGAAAUGGAAAAGCGUCAUGCCCUCGGUUUUCCCGCACGCAACGUUGUGCCGCUGACUGUGCUGCCCAAUCCCGGCGAUUUCCACUGGCGCCGCAAUGGUGACACGCACAUGUGGGACCCUCAGGCUGUGGCCAGCCUGCAAAGUGCCGCCCGCACCAAUAACGAAGAUGCGUACUGGCAGUUCGCCAAGCACAUGAAUGAAGAGAACACCCGCAACGCAACCCUGCGCGGACUUCUGGCCUUCAAACCAGGUGGCGAAGCCAUUGCGUUGGAGGAGGUUGAAAGCGAGCAGGACAUCGUCAAACGUUUUGCCACCGGCGCCAUGAGUUUUGGCUCGAUCAGUGCCGAAGCACACGAAUCUCUGGCCAUUGCAAUGAACCGCAUGGGUGGCAAAUCGAAUACCGGUGAAGGUGGCGAAGACGCCGCGCGGUUUACGCCUAUGGCAAAUGGCGACUCCAAACGCUCCGCCAUCAAGCAGGUGGCCAGUGGUCGCUUCGGGGUAACGAUUAACUACCUGACCAAUGCUGACGAAUUACAGAUCAAGAUUAUUCAGGGCGCCAAGCCUGGUGAAGGCGGCGAAUUGCCGGGCACCAAGGUGGAUGACUACAUUGCGAGCCUGCGGCACUCAACGCCGGGCGUUGGCCUGAUCAGCCCACCACCGCACCAUGACAUCUACUCUAUCGAAGAUAUGGCGCAGCUGAUUCACGACCUGAAGAAUGCUAACCCGAGCGCGCGUAUCAGCGUCAAGCUGGGUGCAGAGAUUGGCGUGGGUACAGUCGCCGCUGGCGUCACCAAAGCCCGUGCGGAUCACCUGGUGAUUGCCGGUGAUACAGGUGGUACCGGCGCCUCGCCACUGACAUCCAUCAAACAUGCCGGCGUCCCCUGGGAACUGGGUAUUGCCGAAACCCACCAGACCCUGGUGCUCAACAACCUGCGUUCGCGUGUGGUUCUGCAGACCGACGGCCAGCUGAAAACCGGUCGAGACGUUGCCAUUGCGGCACUGCUUGGCGCUGAAGAAUUUGGCUUUGCCACCGCGCCACUGAUUGCACUGGGCUGCAUUAUGAUGCGCAAAUGCCACCUCAACACCUGCCCUGUGGGUAUCGCAACCCAGGAUCCGGAGCUGCGUAAAAAAUUCACCGGCUCACCAGAGCACGUUGUGAACUACCUGUUUAUGGUGGCAAAAGAACUGCGACAGAUCAUGGCCGAACUGGGCAUGCGCAAACUGACAGAUAUGGUUGGCCGGGUUGAUCUGCUUGAAGUAGAUGAAGCGGUUAAACACUGGAAAGCCAAAGGCCUGGAUCUCAGCCAGAUUCUGGCGCCGGCUAAAAUUCCUGCAGAGUUCCUUGGCGCCCAUGCCAUUCACCAGCAGGACCAUGGACUGGACAAAGCGCUGGAUAACGAACUCAUGCGCCUGGCUGAACCCGCCAUUAAAAAUGGUGAGAAGGUUUAUGCCGAACUUGCGAUAGUGAAUACAAAUCGUGUUGUGGGCGGCAUGUUAUCCAACAAGAUUAUCCGCGAAGUUGGACCGCAGAUGCUGCCCGAUGGCGCCAUCCACUUUAAGUUCGAUGGCAGCGCCGGACAGUCUCUGGGCUGCUGGCUGGCAAAAGGUGUGACCCUGGAAGUCGAAGGCGACGCUAACGACUUUGUUGGCAAAGGUCUCUCCGGCGGGCGUGUUGUCAUCUAUCCGCCGAAAAACAGCUCAUUUAAAGCAGAAGACAAUAUUCUUAUCGGCAACGUCGCUCUUUAUGGGGCCACGUCUGGAGAUGCGUAUUUCCGUGGUGUUGCCGCCGAACGUUUCUGCGUCCGUAACAGCGGUGCAUCUGCUGUUGUUGAAGGUGUUGGUGACCACGGCUGUGAAUAUAUGACCGGCGGUCGGGUUGUCAUUCUGGGUAAAACCGGUCGUAACUUUGCCGCAGGCAUGAGUGGCGGCAUCGCCUACAUAUGGGAUCCCCAUGCAGAAUUUGCGCCGGCCUGUAAUAUGGAGAUGGUGGCAUUGGAGACGGUAGUCGCCGAUGAAGACAUUGCCGAACUACAACAACUGAUCACGAAUCACGCGGAACUCACCGGUUCCACUGUGGCUCAGCGAUUGCUGGGCGACUGGUCUAACAGCGUUGGCCAGUUUGUUAAAGUUAUGCCAACAGACUACAAACGCGUGCUGGAAGCACGCAAACAACAGGUCAGCGCCGGCUGA